AUGGCUUCUCCUCUUCAUCCUGUUUUUCCCUUCUGCUCUUCACCAGGCAAAGAGAUUGGGACAGGCUCACCGUUGGAUUCAAAGACUCACGCAGUGAUUCACGAUACAGGCCCCAAGACCGCUCACUUGUUUCUUCUUGCUUCUUCUUGCUUCUUGUCUGCAGCUCCGUCGCUCACCACUCCAUCGCCCAUCAUGUCCAAGCCAAUAAAGGGCAAUCCCGUCACGGAUGCGCCAACGCUUCCGCCUCUGUCUGUUGGAGCCAACAACCAUCCCGGUGCUCAUCCAGACCCUACCAAGCCUCCGGCCCCGGUUCAAAGCGGCCAUGUUGGUAUUUUCUCAGUCCCAAGACCUCAAAGGCCUCUGGAAAGCCACCAGAACCACCAGAUAGCUCGUCACAGGUUCCUCUCGCCCACUGAAUGGGGAGUCAUUGCUCAUGGUAUAGGCGGCAUCCGAGACCGAGAGCAGCACCAGCCAAUCCAUCCAACCAGCUGGCUAUGGCCGCCCAAGGGGAUGCCUCGAGGCUUGUACAAAGACACUGUUACUCAGCGCACCAAAUUCUUCUAUCUGUAUCACAUGUCAAGUGGCAUCCGAUGGGUCUUGAUGUUGCUGCAGCUCUUCAUCGGCGCGACUUUGACGGCUUUGGGCUCCAUGUCCUUCAAACAGGGCACUCCAAUCACGAUUCUCGGAGCUGCAAAUACUGUCAUCGCUGGUCUUCUCGCCUUCUUGCAAAACAGUGGACUGCCUGACCGAUAUCGCUAUGACAAGGCUGAGUUCGAAGCACUGGAAGAUCACAUCAAAGAAAUCCUCGACUCUGGCAUUGCCCCCACUGAUCAAUCGAAUGACCAAAUUCUUGCAGAAUGCUUCGACUUGUAUCAAGACGCCAAGGCAACUGUGAGUGCAAACUUACCAGCAAACUACAUGCCUCGAAUCACUCAACAAGGAAGCCAAAGGCCCAGAGCCCAGGCCCAGCCAGGACCUCAUCCGAACACGCCAAAGCAGCUUGCUCUGCCGUAUGCUGGUGGAGAUUCGACUCCCACUUCAACGAUUGGAAAGUAA